AUGAGGAGAAACAGGAGGCGGGUGACGGCACGAGUAAAUUGGGGUGGGGAGGAGAAUGGAACGAACGGAAAAGAGACAAUACAAAUUUUCUGUGUGAGCAAGAAGCUACGUCAGUGUUACCCGCCUGUCGAACCCAAGCCACCAUCAUCGUUGGGCUUGGGCUCCAUUUAUUGUUGUUCGUCAUCAGUACACCGCAGUCCUACGCGUCUGGCGGCUAACCUCACCCUUUCUGUCUGCUCCAAUGGCGGUGGUCUGCCAAACUUCCCUCGAACGACGUCAACGGCCAUUCGACUCCUCAGGUACCCGGCAACCUCGUCGUUCACAAAUCUCGACUUCCUGCCGUUGCCGUUACAGUUGCGCAGGGUAACACCACUAACACCACCACUGCCGCUGUGCUUCCACAAGCCAUUCUUAUCAUAUUUGAUCAACUCUCUUAUCACUCUUCUAUACAUUUAUUUCGUCGUGUUGUUGCUGUGCUUCUUUUUCUUCUUGCUCUCGCGAUUUCUCGGUCUCUUUUCAUAUCCCGAAUAA